AGGUUCGAACGGACGCAUGUUUUUUAUAUGAAACAGGGAUGUGCUUUACAAAGCUUUUUCUGUAAAUAUAAGACCAAUUGAAACUAGGUGCAACUAUGAGUUUAGACGACAUUCUGAGGGACAUAGGGGAGUUCGGUCCAUUGCAAAAGAGGAUAUAUUUUCUUUUGUGUUUGCCUGGAUUUAUAUUGUCACAACUUCUUGUUGUUCAGGUCUUUCUGCUUGCUACACCAGAACACAGAUGCAUUAUCCCAGGCAAUGACAAUGACACAUUUGCCAACCAGAGUGAAUGGCAUCGGAACCUGAUUGACAGAUGGAUCCCAGCCAGCUCAGACGACAAACAUCCUUACGACCGUUGUAACAUUUAUGAGGACGGGAAUCACGACGGUAACGGUACCACGGUGAAAUGCACAGAAUGGGUAUAUGAUGAAUCGGUAUAUUUGAACACGUUUACAAAACAGCUAAACCUGGUUUGUGGAGAGGCUAUCAAAGUUCCGAAUGUACAGAUGAUAUUUUUCUUCGGAGUGCUCUCGGGGUCAUUUGCCUACGGACAGCUAUCGGACAUAAUAGGAAGACGCAAGGCGUUUUAUCUUGCAUUGGUAGUACAACUGGGAACAUCACUUGGUUUGCUGGGGAUGACGGAGUACAUAGGCUUUGCUGUCCUCAUGUUUUUCCUAGGCGGCGCUUGCCUCGGUGUAUAUAUGACUGGUUUCGUUAUAGGAAUGGAGUUAGUAGGCCCGAACAAACGGCUGUGGACGGGUGCAAUCUCCCCCUUCUUUCUUACCAUUGGUCAACUAUACCUCGUGCUCGUUGUUUACCUACUGAGAGAUUGGAAGUGGUUCAUGCUUGCUGUUUGUCUUCCUGGCUGCUUCUUUCUGUCUUACUACUGGCUAGUUCCAGAGUCUAUCAGAUGGCUAUUGAGUAAAGGAAAGAAAGGGGAAGCAAUAGAAAUACUACAAAAGGUAGCCAAAAGCAACAAAACAGUACUCAAUGAAAAGAUGGUAGACGAUUUGCCCCCGAUUCCAAAGGAGGCUAGGGUGUGGAAACUGUUUUCAAACAGAACACUUGGGAUUUGGUCUGUGAUACUGUUUUUCAACUGGUUUGUCUGCAGUAUGUCAUAUUAUGGAGUAGUUUUAAAUACCGCAAACCUCGGAGGCGAUAUCUACCUAAACUUUGCACUACUAGCUCUUGCUGAAUUUCCUGGCAAGGCUUUGAUAUUGACUGCAGAUCGAAUUGGGAGAAAAAGACUCUUCAUGGCAUUUAUGUUUAUCGGCGGACUUGCAAAUAUCGCCACCAUUGGCCCUAUCGUGAAUGGAAGUGACGAUCUCCAUUACGUUCUUAUUGCACUCGCAAUAGUCGGAAAACUUUGCAUAACUGGGGCCUUUGACACGGUUUAUAUUCUAUCAGCGGAGAUUUUUCCUACCGUGGUUAGAAACGCUGGAAUGGGAACAAGUUCGGCUAUCGCUAGGGUUGGCAGCAUGAUAGCUCCUUAUAUAGCAAAGUCAGCUGACCUUGUAAAGGGUGAUCUUGGAAAGACUAUUCCUUUGACCUUGUUUGGCGUGGCCAUGUUCGCUUCCGGACUACUUACACUUAUUCUUCCGGAAACAAAUGGGCAGAAAAUGCCAGAAUCAAUCGAAGACAUACACAACCUUAAACAUAAGAGACCAAAGGAAAAUGCAACAGAAAUUGAAUUUAAUAAAAAUGAUUCCAAAUUAUCAAACGAGUCAAAUGGCAUACAUCAGGGUGAAACAAAUGGAGGGUAUACAGAGCAUGUAGACGGCUAUCGACUAUAAUCCUAUCGUUUAUAAUAAUCGUGUAUAAGUAUUAUGUUGUACAAAUAUGCAUGUGUUUUUAUUAUUAUAUGUUUGUUAUCUUGUGUUCAUCUAAACGUGUUUGGUCGAUUUGGAAGUGCGCUUACUUAUCAUUUACUCUUAAUUUUUAUGAUUCUGGAAUGCAAGGGUAUCACGCACGCCCGUUACCAACCUUUAUAUAACAGUGUCCUUUAUAAUGAAAUAAUCCUUACCAGAAAUAGCUGUUGGUAUAUAAACCGUCGUUUUGCUCACAAGAAUACAAAUGCGAUUUUAAUGAGUAUGAG